AUGGACGAUAAUAUGAGUACAGUAGAUAGAGCAGUUUUAUGUUUAAGUGAAAUUUUUGGUACUGCCAUUUUGGUAUUUUUGGGAUGUCUGGGAUGUGUAAAUGGAAUGAUGGCGAGUUCAGCAUCAGCUGAACAAAUUUCUCUGACUUUUGGUUUAGCUAUAAUGAUAUCCGUUCAGGUGUUUGGUCACAUUUCUGGGUGCCAUAUAAAUCCUAUAGUAACAGUUGCGGCAGCUACAAUUGGAAAUAUUCCAUUGAUACAAGUACCUAUAUUUAUUGUGGGCCAAAUAUUAGGUGGACUAGCUGGAUUUGGAUUAAUUAAGGCUGUGACCCCUUCGGAAACAUUGAAACCGAAACUUAAUGAGACAGUUGGUCUGUGUUCACCAAAUUUCCAUGGAACCUUAUCACCUCUACAAGCUCUAGUAGUAGAGUUCCUUUUGUCUUUAAUAUUGGUUUGGGUUUGCUGCUCCAUAUGGGAUAGCAGAAAUAGUGAAAAAAAUGAAUCUACUCCCAUACGUCUUGGAUUAACUAUUGCUGGUUUGGCUAUGGCAGGGGGUCCAUACACAGGCGCACAUAUGAAUCCGGCAAGAAGUUUUGCUCCAGCUGUCAUAAACGGAGAUUGGAAUUAUCAUUGGGUCUACUGGGUUGGUCCACUUGGUGCGGGAUUUUUUGGAGCACUUUUCUACAAGUUAGUUUUCUCUAAAGAUACAACAGGAACUAAUGAAACAUAUCCAGAAACAUCUGUGGAAAAAACCUAA